AUGUCUCAGCUCGCCCCCUACAAGCAAGACUUCCUCCAGGCCGCCAUCGCUGGCGAGAUCCUCAAGUUUGGCAGCUUCGAGCUCAAGUCGAAGCGCAUCUCGCCCUACUUCUUCAACGCCGGCCUCUUCCACACUGCCCGCCUCGCUGGCGCCAUCGCCACCGCGUUCGCCAAGUCCAUCGCCGAGGCCCAGCAGCAGACCGGCCUCGACUUCGACAUCAUCUUUGGCCCCGCCUACAAGGGCAUCCCUCUUGCCUCGUCCAUCGCCGUCAAGCUCGGCGAGUUGGCUCCCGAGAACCUGGACCGCGUGUCGUACUCUUUUGACCGCAAGGAGGCCAAGGACCAUGGUGAGGGAGGCAACAUUGUUGGUGCUCCCCUCAAGGGCAAGAAGAUUCUGAUUGUCGACGAUGUCAUCACUGCCGGCACCGCCAAGAGGGAGGCCAUUGACAAGAUCCGCAAGGAGGGCGGUAUCGUCGUUGGUAUCGUCGUUGCUCUAGACCGCAUGGAGAAGCUCCCUGCCGCCGACGGAGACGAGUCCAAGCCCGGCCCCAGUGCCAUUGGUGAGCUUCGCAAGGAGUAUGGCAUCCCCAUCUUUGCCAUCCUGACCCUGGACGACAUCAUUGCCGGCAUGAAGAGCUUCGCUUCCGAGGACGACAUCAAGCGCACUGAAGAGUACCGCCUCAAGUACAAGGCCAGCGACUAA